CUGCGCUCAACGUACGAGGUUUCUAUCCGAUACAAUUCAAAGAACCCCCGGGGUCCGGACGCAAGCUACCUGCCCACCACCAUGGCUUUCCAACAUAACCCGUUCCUCUCUUCGCGGGGAGAAGCUGCGUCGACGACGAAUACCACCACCACCAAUCCAUUCCAGAGCUCAUCGGGCAUGGCGUCUGCUGCACCCAUCGGCGAUGGCAGCCGCGCCGGUAGCUACCACUCAGGCUUCGUCGAGAGUCCGUCUUCUGGUCAUGCAGCCCCGGCCCACAACCCAUUCAGGGUCGCACAGUCCCACCACCAGCCGUACGUGGACUCCAAUGGUGCAUUACCACCCCCUUCCUCGCCAUCGACCAACCCAUUCAGGAAUAACGGGAUCGCCACGCCCGUCGAACAGCAAGGCUUCAGCGCACCACCGCCGCUCACAGGCGGCACAAAAGCCACAAUGGCUGCGUCAGGUUCGGGCACUGUCCAUCAUAUCUCCGACGACCUCGCUGGCCUCGACUUUAGCGGCGCAUCGUCGAGCAGUGCUCUGCAGACACAAGCUCCAGUCGCAGCACCCCCCUCCGGCCCGUCGUCUGGCGAAGGAUCAGCGUAUCCAGAUCGUCGCAUACUGGGGUACGACGUGCAGAAUGGCUACUACGAUGGGGCGGCCGCCGCGUCUUCCUCUCAUGCGGUAGCAGUCGGCGGAAGCUCCAGUGCGGUAGGCGCAGACAUGCUCGACCCUGCUUCCGCUGCAGCCGUCUCAGCCGCUGUAUCCGCCGCAGACGCAGACUCGGCACGCCAGAUCCAAUCGCAGACCGCCGGCGAUGAGGCAUUAGCGCGAAGGAUCGCCGAGCAGCAAAAGGUGGAGCGCAAGCUCGGACACGGCAGGCAGGCUAGAGCUGUUGUUGCGGGAACCAAUGGCGUCGCCCCUGAGGAGGAAGCGCUGUGGAAUACCAAGGAUGUCUACUGGAGAGGAAUCGAGCGAAAGAUCAUCACCCAGAACGAGAAUGGCCCCUGCUCACUGAUAGCCCUUUGCAAUGUCCUCCUCCUACGCGGAGAUCUCGUGAUCACACCAGCAGAUCGACCAGCAGUGUCGUACUCCUACCUCUCAUCCAUGCUCGCCGAGUACCUCCUCACGCGCCCGCAGCCACAGGGAGAAGACGGCGUCGACCUCUCCGCAGCGCUGUCUAUCCUCCCGCGAACGCAGUAUGGCCUCGACGUCAACGUCCGCUUCGACGCCGUCGACAGCUUCACACCCGCCAGCAGCCUAACGCCAGCAGCAUCAGCAUCAGCAAGUAGCGCACAUGCUGCUGAGGCGGUAGGAGCUGGGGCAGCAGCGACAGGAGAGCUUGCGCUCUUCAAGCUCUGUGGCGUCAAGCUCGUGCACGGUUGGCUACCAGAUCCAGCAGAUGCGGAGACAUACCGCGCAGUUACUGCGUGCGGAGAUUACGACAAGGCGCUUGACAAAGUUGUCGAGGGCGACGAGCUCGCCAAGGGGCUCGUCGUCGAGUCCCAUUCGCACACCCACAGCGGAGGAGGCGGCGGUGGCAAUGGUGGGCGUGCUGCUGGCGCACUGGGUAGCCACUUAGAUCGUCUGCAAAAGGGAAAAGGCGUGCAGCGCGCUGGAUCAGACGACUGGUCCGAUGAGCACGCGAGCACAGUCAAGGAUGCGCUGCUCAUACGCGACUUUCUCAGCUCCACGUCCACCCAGCUCAGUUAUCAUGGCCUCUUUGUGCUCGCGCAUACGCUGCAACAGGGCGAAGCUGUUGCGCUCUUCCGCAACUCGCACCUGUCUGUGCUGUACAGGCGCCUGCCGCAUGAAGGGAUGGAGGAGGAGGAGCGACCGCAGGCGAUGGGUGAUCUGAACAGCGGUAGUACGAGCGAUGCGGCGCAGCCAAAUGGACAUGGAAGCAGCAGCGCCGCGAGCGAGAUCCCGCAGUUGUUCACACUCGCGACGGACAGUGCGUUCCUGAUGGAGGACGAAGUGGUGUGGGAGAGCCUGGCGGACGUCGACCAGGCCGCGAGCGAAUUCUUCGACGGAAAGUUCCGCAAGACCCGGAUCGAGGGCGACUGGGUUGGAGUCGACUCAAGGGGCAGGAGAAGGCCCAUGGGGCCCGCUGCGGCUGCUGGUGCUGCUGCUGCUGGAAGCGUUGCCUCCGUCAUGGAUGACCAGGGAAGGAUGAUCUUGCCGGGUGAGGAUGCAGACUUUGCACUCGCCGCACAACUGCAGGAGGAAGAGCAGCAGCGCGCAGCGAUGCGGCAUGCCCGCCGCUCAGAGCGCCAUCAGCAACAGCGCCAGGCUGAUGCGCUCCUCACGUCUGGCUCGCAGCCUGCACCAGAACAGCGCUCUUCGCAGCGCGAGAAAAAGCUGCCCAGUCUCGGUGCGCUUUUUGGGAAAAAGAAGGACAAGGCGCCACCCAGUGCACAGUUCCAGCAUGCCUUAACGCCGAGUACUGGAGGAGCAGGAGAAGCGCCAAGUGAGAGUCUGUUGGACGAACGGGUGAUGCUGGGCACCGACGCGCAGGGCACACCGACCUCUGGCGACGGCAGGGAUAAGGAAAAGUGUGCAGUCAUGUAGUUCGAGCCCCUCUUUCAGGUUCAAGACGAAAGUAGAAGCCUUCUGCUUGCCCGAUGUCAUCAUGGGAUGCGAAACGAUACCAUCUGCUGAUUUACAAGAAGUUGUCGUGCCGUGGUCAAGUAGGAUACAUGC